AUGGCCACGAUCGAGCCACGCUUAAUUCAUCUGCUCAACGAGCCGACGAGACCGCAACUCAACCAUGCCGAUCUUCCACCCCUUCAUUCCCUUGCAUUCCCUUCGGCCACAGAUCGAUCAUUGCCCCCAAUCGAGUCCGACGCGAACCAUCGUGGUGACAGGCCACCUGCUGACACGCAAUCUGUUAUUAACGCUGUUGAUUUGAUAAAUUUGACCAACGAUGAUCUUUCUCUUGAGCUUCGCAAGGAAGGGAAUGGCCAGGAUGGAAAGAUUGCACCGGUUUCUGGAGGAUUUCCGCUACGAAUAGCUUCGAGCGACUCGGAUGUUAUAGAACCAGCCAAUUCGAUAAGUCGGCUAUUAGACGACGGUCCUGAGCUUCUUGAAGACGUAUCGAACAAAAAGCGACAUCGUGGCCUUCAUGUCAAGGAUGAUUUCAUGCAGCUCCCACAACCACUGAAAAAGCAAAAAGCCGCCCAGCAAGCGCCGGUAAUGCCACCGAUCAUCAACGGGCUUCAUGAACCUCCACCCCACGCCGCUUUGUUCCCUCCCAUAUCGUCUGAUUCGUUCGAUGGCAAGGAUGGCUCGCAUAUGAAGAUAAUGCCCGAUUUUACGCAGUCUUCCGCCCAGUCAUCCACUCAACCGUCCCAAGAGGCUGAAUCGGUUCCGGUUACCAACAAAACGCGAAAGCGUACCAGCAAACCGAGGCGGAAGUGGUCUGAGGAGGAGACAACCCAUUUGUUAUUGGGUGUUAAUCGACAUGGGGUCGGAAAGUGGACGAGCAUCCUUGAAGAUACCGAUUUCAAGUUUAACGACCGGACAGCUGGGGAUCUUAAGGAUCGGUUUAGGACGUGCUGUCCCGAGGAGCUUCGCAAGUCCAACCGGACGCUUGAACUAGACUCGCCAUCACGUUCCCACCGAGGGUCGAACCAGAAGGGCAAGACGGAUGUGCACUUUGAAAGGAUAUUGAUAGAUGGAAAUACUGCAUCAACAAAAGACACUGCCUCAGCAAUGCAGCAAGAGGUUGACACUACUCCUAAGCAGAAAAAAAGCCGAGCACAUCGCAAGAAGAUGGAAGAUCUUGUGGAGCUCGGUAUUCAUGGGCCCUUCAAGAAGUCUCAUCGCCGCGAACGUCGACCUUUUACUGAACAAGAUGACAAUGAAAUUCUUCAGGGGUUAGAGAUCCAUGGACCCGCUUGGACCAAGAUUCAAAGGGACCCGCGCUUCCAUCUUUCCAGUAGGCAACCAACAGAUUUGAGAGAUCGAGUACGCAACAAGUAUUCCAGUGUUUAUCAACGAAUAGAGAAAAGCAAUCUUCAAGCCAGGGAGAUGAGUCGAGGGAACGAUGUUAUGGAGCCAUCUGUGAGAUUACCGGCUGGGAACUCAUUUAAACCUCCGAAGGCUACAACGCUAGAACCACAAAUGAACCAGUCGACAUCGCGCGAAGAUCUUUCUCGAUGGCCAGCUCAGCAAAGAAUCGAGACAGGCGAAAUUAUGGGAACAGCUCAAGUUUUCGAAUUCGGUGAAACUGUGCCGCCUCAGUUCAUGGGCGGUGAAAUGGACAUAUCGCGCCUAUUACUUGACGAUGCCAAGCUUUCGCCAGCGAUUUCACGAUCUGGUAUCGAGGGCGUCCCUGGUCUUUCUCCACCAGCAAAUACCCCACAGAAAAGUCACGACAAAGAUGGGAUGCAACACCCGACACGCGCUGGUUAUCGGUCGCUUAUCACUUGUAUCUGA